AUGAUAAGAAAACCUAAAAAGCUUUUAAUAAUUUUAAUAAUCUGUUUAAUUUCUAAAUCAUAUCAAAAAUCAAAACUAAGAUCGAAUUCAGAAAUCUUAAAUCAAUAUCAAAUAAAUCCAAAUGUACCAGCAACACCUCAAUCAGUUUUAAAUUUAUUAAAAAAAAUUAAUCAUCAAGGAGUUUUAACUUUUCCAAAGAACAUUUUAAAUAUCUUUCAAAGGAUUAAUGAAGGUUAUCAACUUUUAGAUGAAGAAAUUAAAUUACUUAAACUUUGUAGAAUUACUGCUGCUCGUCAAAAUGGUCAAAUUAAAAAUUUACAUGAUAAUACUUUCUUAGGUUUUUUAAGAUUUGAUACGAAUAAGUUGAGUUUCAGAGGAUGUGGAACUGUACUUGGUAUGAAAGGUGAUGCUCUUCCAUUUUCAAAAGCUAUUGCGACCACAGUAAUUGAGAUUGACCACUUAGGUGGCCCAAAUGCUACAUUUGAAGCAUUUCCUAUACUCGAAUUACUUACGGUUGAUCAAUUAACAACACAAGAGUUAAGAUUCUUCAACUUUGAUAAUUUUACUGCCACUCAUCAUCAACAUCAAUCAAAUGCAACUCAGAACUUGACUCAAAUUGAUAAUUCAAAUCACACUGGAACUGAAACUACUCUUCCAACGGAUGAUAAACAAUCAAAUUCUCAUGAUUUGAUUCGUUCUUAAUCAUAAUUUAUUUCAAUCCUCUUCGAAAGAGUCAUAUAUUUGAUCUCAACUGUGAAUAUUUUCUUGUGUUGGUACAAUUUGUGAAAACCGUUUCUUGAUGUAAAUAUUUUUAUAAACAAUUUUCUCAUCAUAAUUUGCUUUCUAUAUUGUAAUUCAUUUCUUGAACACUUUUCUUCGGAGAAGGUUGAUAAAAGAGAGAG